AUCGUCUCACGUCGGUCGCUCUCCGGCCUCAUGCAUCCUUGAGCUUAACGCCGCGGCUUCGAUACUUUCCUCGGCUUCGGAAGAGAGAAACCAAAAUAAAAAAGAAACAGAAAAGAAGGUUCACAUCUCUCGAGAGGACUUCCGGUUGCAGGUGUGACUCUUCGGGAACGGUUGCCGAAAUGACGUUAGCCCCACGGUGAAAAAAAAAACACUUGGGAUUGCAAAGAGUGCCUCCUACCCCUUGCUGGAUUAGUAACGUUUCCGCGUCUGAAGUGUUUUGCCGGAAGUAGUUGUGAAGAGACUGACUUCGUUUCCCGUUGAGAUCAGUUUUUUAUGAAGAAAUGGAGAGUACCGCUGCGCUACUUCUGCUCUUCGUUGCCUUAGCUCUGCGAGGCUGCAACGGUGCCGGAUGCGGUUACCCUGGCGCACCUGCACACAGCAGCGUCCGCUUCACGGGAACAGGUGCUCAAGACGUCGUAGACGAAGGGGACGCCCUUCUUAAGGACACCAUGUUCCUCGAGGGCACCGUGGCCACGUACUCUUGCGAGCGUGGCUUUGAACUGCUUGGUCCUGCACGAAGACAGUGUCAGGCCGAUGGCUCCUGGUUACCCGAAGGGGUACCAUUUUGCGUUUUAAAUGUUGCGGGAGGUAAAGCGCCGAUGCAAUCUAGCAGUUCAGAAGGUGGAAUUCCGCAACGAGCAGUAGACGGUAGCAGUGGACAAAUUUAUACACCCCAAACUUGCACCUUAACGAGGCCGGAACUUAGGCCGUGGUGGUACGUGAAUUUGCUCGAACCAUACAUGGUGCAGCUCGUCCGGCUAGAUUUUGGAAAACCAUGUUGCGGCGAUGGGGUACCCGGAACAAUUGUCGUUCGUGUCGGUAAUAACCGUCCAGACUUGGGAACCAAUCCAAUUUGCAAUCGCUUCACCGGGUCCCAAGGAGAAGGACAACCAUUAUUUCUGCCUUGUAAUCCACCGAUGCCCGGAGCUUUCGUGUCCGUACACCUGGAGGCAAACACGCCGACACCUACACCGGUGCAGCUUUCUCUCUGCGAGGUUUUCGUUUAUACCGAUCAGGCUCUCCCCAUAGAGAGGUGUCCACAAUUUAGGGACCAGCCACCGGGCUCAACGGCAACAUACAACGGAAAAUGUUACAUUUUCUAUAAUCGUCAGCCAAUGGUGUUUAGAGAAGCAUUGGCGUUUUGUCGUGCACGGGGCGGUACCUUGGUGGACGAAAGUAAUCCUGCGCUGCAGGGAUUUAUCUCCUGGGAACUGUGGAGACGCCAUAGGAGCGACACAUCGAGUCAGUACUGGAUGGGCGCGGUAAGGGAUCAGAAAGAUCGAUCGGUUUGGAGAUGGACGGAAAGCGGAGAUGAGGUUUCAGUUUCAUUCUGGAGCUUACCUCAAGGCACGGAAGAGGAUUGCGCUCGAUACGACGGCAGCAGAGGCUGGCUAUGGUCUGAUACACCUUGUACGGCUCGAUUAAAUUUCAUCUGUCAGCAUCAACCACGUGCGUGCGGUCGCCCAGAACAACCGCCGAAUUCGACAAUGAGCGUGAUCACAGCGACGGAUCGAAAUUCAGCGAGCGUUUACGAAGUUGGAGCAACGGUAGAGUACACCUGUAACGCGGGCAGCCUUCUUAUAGGACCGUCGACCCGUACCUGCCUGGACACCGGCUUCUACAACGAGUUCCCGCCGGUGUGCAAAAGCAUCGAAUGUGGCUAUCCGGCGAGCAUAAAACACGGUGGCUACACACUUAUCAACAAUACCGUUACUUAUCUAAGCCAGGUGCUUUAUUCCUGCGAGGAAGGAUACGAGAUGACUGGCCGAGCAAGACUGACUUGCGACAUCGAUGAACGUUGGAACGGACCACCGCCUCGUUGCGAGCCGAUUCUCUGCGAUCCUCCAACACCUGUUCCCCACAGUUACAUUCAAAUAGAUGAAAUAGACGAGACUGAGACGAUAUCAGGAAAGGCGGGUUUGAAUCGAAGUUUACUCGUAGGCAGCAUCGUCACAUACACUUGUGAAAAAGGUUACAGGCUCACUGGAUUUAGGCAGAUACUGUGUCUGCCUACUGGAUUAUACGAUCAUGUCGCACCAACGUGUACAGAGGAACCGCGAACAACGGUAACAGUUCCUCCAAGGAUAACAGUGCGACCAACAACAGCAAGGACACGACACACAUUCCUGCCGCCAAAGGUGCGUUCUACCACUACCAAGAGCACAACCACUGUCGCUCCACCUCGAAAGAUAGCCAGUACAGGCGAAUUGCCAGCGACGGUCAGAGAGACGGUCCCGAGAAAACCGAGUGUAGGUCUGCAGAGGCCAACAGCCCCGCCUCCAGCUAUCCUGAACGGCGACAGCAGUGAUCAUCCGCAGGACAAUGAGAUUUCCGGCAGCGGUGUGGAUAAUGCACAAAUCGGUAUCGGAUCCGGCGUGCCGGAACCAUCCGGACCGUACAGAAUAAACAACACGGAUCAACCAAACAACACCCAUCAGGCGAAGCUAAACCUGGGUGCUGUGAUUGCUCUAGGUGUUUUCGGUGGCUUCGUGUUCCUCGCCGCAGUGAUUACCACAGUUGUGAUACUCAUACGCAGAAAUCGUGGUGGAAGCAGCAAGCACUAUAGGCACCGUGCAUCUCCAGAUUGCAACACUGUAGCCAGUUUUGGUAGCAGUUCUUCCGAAAGUCGAGGUGGUCUGAAUCGAUACUAUCGACAAGCUUGGGAGAAUCUGCACGAAACUGCAGGCCAAAAAGCUGGUCAUCCUCCGCUUCGUCGCAAGGAAACCCUGGAUGAACCAGGCUACCGAGAGAACUAUCGUGGUAAUAGCAACAACACCGAGAGAGACGGCUCAGAAUUGGUGAUUAGCGACGUGGCCACGUAUCCGUCCAGCAAACACGCGAGUAUUUCCGACAAGAAACGUCAUCAUCAUCACCAUCACCAUCACCAUGGUAACUCUACACCUGAGUGGAGGCAGUCUCAAUCGCAUCACAGAUACUGAACACCGGUUUUCGUAGAUAGGAACCUCAUUUAUUAGAAAUUCGGUGAAUCAAUACUCUAGCGAAUCACGAUUGGAUUACGUGGAAGCUUUUACAUUAAUUACUAGCUCUGGCAAAAAGCUGUUAAUCGACUGGUGACUUGAAGCUAACUGAAAAUAAUUAUAUCUUGCGGUAAUGUUAAUUUUGUGUAAGGUAAAUGAUAAAGUAACAAACAAUUUUGUUUAAGAAAAGGUAGAACAGAAUAUUGUUUGGAGUAAAAUGUUUUGUCAAUAACUGGUUAAAGUUGUUACAUAAAAACAUUUUUACAAGCAACAUUUUAUUCUGUUUGUCUAUCCUUUUUACUAUUUGGCCAUUUUUGUUAUUUCAUUAUUUAUUUUAUGCAAUAUGUGAAUAUAUAUAGUAUUAUAAUAGUACUUUACACCUCUAAGGUAUCAUUACAUUUAGGUAGUUUCAUAUUACUGUGACCAAUUAAAGAUGGUUUGCUAGGGAAAAUACGUGAAUUCUGCAAUAGAAUUUCUAGAAACGUGGUGAAUGAUGAAAUAUUGCGUAGGAAACUUUCAGCGCGAUUUGUGGACAAGAUAUAGAAUGAAAUCGUCCUACAAUUAUUAUUCUGUUAUACAGUAAAUUAUUUACUACCACAUUGUUAUCUAAUGUAAAUACAGUAUAUGCAGUAGUAUAAGUAAGAGAAGGAGAGUUGUUCGCUGAUGUUGGAGGAUCACUAGUUGAUCAAAGAACAUGCCAAAAAAUGAAAAUAAUUACUAAUUACUGAUCAAACGAUUUCUAAGAGAUAUUUAUAGGGAUUCUUUGUUACAACCAUAUUUCUCAUAGUAUGAUGUUCAUAAAAAUUUUGUACUCGACGCACUGAAAAAUCUGAUAUGGGCACCUUGGCCUCACCUUUAAGAAGUUAAAGUAAUUUCUUGCAGCAACACAAGAUAUUUAAGAGAAGUGUCGUUAAGGAAAGGUUGAUGCUGUCCAUUUCAGAACCAAAAUCGAUGUAGCUGUGGUGCUUAUAUAAGAAUAUAAAACAUGAUUUAAAUCAAAGUUGACGAUACUGAUUUAUUUAUAUAUACAUAGUAUUGAUACGUUUUAUCUUAACCAGUUCAAUAUUGUCGAAACUACGAUUAGGGAAUGAUAUCUUCUUAUUCAUUGACUGAAGUAAGAUAUUUUCAGAAUAAGUUUGUACAUGUAUUUAAUAUCUUUGUAAUCCGCAAAAAAUUGUAAUAGUGCCAUUAUGGGCAAACUUGUUUAAUAUAUUUACACAUAUGUUCUUGUCAUUUAACAUAGCACAGGAUGACUAAUGCUGGUAAACAUCUAAUGUUAGGUUAGUCUCGUUAAUGCACAGAAAUAUGACCGAAAAAUAUUUAUGUAGCCUGAUUGUUAACAGUGAUAUUUAAGCAAUAUAUAAAGAAAUAAAAACUUGAAUUUUUUAACAAAAUUCUUGAAAUAAUUUUAAUCAUUGUUUGUAUUUUGUAUCACUAAAAACUAGGAAAGAAAAUCCGCGUAUCAUUAAGCAGUCUCACUUAUAUUACAUUGAAAACUUAAGAUAUAUUAAUUACCCAAGCCAUUGAGCAAGCAGUUGUGCAAUCUCAACUCUGGCUUUCUUUAAAUCAGGUAAAUCAUUUUCGGAUGGAGGAUACAUAUUUGCACAAUGAGCAGUACCUGUACAUUUUACAAAUAAAUAAUUCAAUAAAUCGAUAAUUUAUAAAGUUUGCACAUGUAAAAUAUCUGAUGUCUACAUACCAUUGAUGUAAAUGGCAGGUGCUUGUGGAACAAAUGACUUUGUAAUUCCUAACACAUGCCAAGGGUCCACUGAUCCAUGUACAAACACUACAUUUGUAACUUCCAAAUCUAGUGCACCGUAUAAAGUGUUUGUUCGCUCUAUUGCCGACUUUAACAAAUCAAUAUUGUACCUAUUGGGAAAUAAAGUUUAAAUUAUUCUGUAUAGUAAUAAAAAGUAUUAACAAUUGUACAUGACCGAACCUGGGUCCAAAUACAUCGGUACACUGUUGUAUAAAGAAAUCUACUGGAAAAGUGUUACUGAAUAAAUUCGAUUGCGCAGUAGAACUUUGGAAGAACCCAAACUCUGUGCACGUUUGAUACAUCCAUUGACGUCCUGAAAGAAUGUAAUUAUAAUAUGAAAAAAAAGAAAUAUAUUUAAAAAAAAAAUAGUAAA